AAAUUAAUAAUUAUUAUAGAAUAUAUAUUGCUAAGACUCUUUGCAGUCCAUUAUACUCCUCAACUAUAAUCAUAAUGGGUAUUAUUUUGGGUACAAAAACACGCUCCAGACUUUGUUAAUAACAUGGUACAGCCCAGGGGCUGUAUAAAUUACUAUCAGGACGCUCGGCGAGAACCAUAAAGAGAUACGGGGAGAGAGAGAGAGAGAGAGAUAACUAAGGCAGUAUGUGAUAGUAUGCUCGGAAUUUUUUUUCGGUUUUUUGUACGAUUUUCUGAUUUUGUUAUUUUGGUCAGGCAAAGACAAGAUUGACUUGCAGUUGUCAGUUGCCGGACGAGAAGAGCGGUGUGUUGAUCGCGACUUUCGAUUUCGUUCGGCAUCUUCGUCAUUAUCAUUAUUAUUAUUAUCAUUAUCAUCCUCAGAAGCCCUGCCAACUCACGCAGUAAUUAUCCGCAUCGGGGCAGACGUCCUCAGAAUCGGCUUUAGUUUUUCAGUACUUGAGUAGCAGUCUGUCAAGGCCCGUCGACGUCGCAACAUCAACGACACAAUGUGGCUGCUGUUGCCUAUUCUUCUAUAUUCGGUUGUAUUCCUCACCGUUCGCCACAUUUACAGCCAUUGGCGGCGAAGGGGAUUCCCCUCGGAGAAGGCCGGGAUAACAUGGAGUUUCCUGCAUCAGGCAUAUAGACGGGAAUUCCGACACGUGGAGGCCAUCUGCGAAGCCUACCAGUCGGGCAGGGAUCGCCUGUUGGGCAUCUACUGCUUCUUUCGGCCCGUCCUUUUGGUGCGAAAUGUGGAGCUGGCCCAGACUAUGCUGCAGCAGUCGAAUGGACACUUCAACGAUCUCAAAUGGGACUAUGUCAAAGGUUAUCGCAGGUUCAAUCUGCUGGAGAAGCUGGCGCCUAUGUUUAGUACAAUACGAUUGUCGGAGAUGUUCGGGCAGGUCCAGAAGGUGGGUAAUAAUUUAAUCACCCAUCUGUUGGACAAGGAACAGGUCCAAGGUGGUCUUUUGGAAGUGGAUCUACAGCAAACGCUGAGAAUUUAUUCAAUUAACAUUAUUGGCAAUCUCAUUUACGGCUUGGAUGUCAACAACUUUGAGCAAAAGGAUCACAUUCUGACCAGCUACCUGAACCACAGUCAGGCCUCUAUUCAGUCGUUUCGCCUGCCCCAGAAAUCUUCGUUUACCUACCGCUUAAGGGAUCUCAUUAAGCAAAGCAUAGAAUUACGCGAAGAUCAUGGAUUAAUACGAAAGGAUAUUCUGCAAUUACUAGUCAGGUUUAGAAAUGGCAAUGACGUUAGUGGCGAUAAAUGGCAGCUUGAAAAGAAUAAUGGUAAGUUGUUAAGUUUUUAGUGUUAGAUAAAAUUUAUCUAAUUGGUUCAUUUCCUAGAUCAAGACAAACUUUUGUCCCUCAAACGGGUGGCUAAAGUGGCUGAGGACCUCUUAAAAGUAUCCUUAGAUGCAGUAUCCUCAACUAUCACCUUCACUCUCCUAGAAAUCCUGCAAGAGCCCUUAAUAGUUGAGAAACUUCAAGCGGAAAUCAAGGAACUUUGCAAUGAAGAUGGUCAGCUUAAGUUUGAAGAGCUGGAAGGUCUUAAAUAUAUGGAAAUGUGUCUCAAGGAAACUGUUCGAAAAUAUCCCCCUCAACCCAUCAUUGAACGGAUUUGCCGCAAAACCUAUUCACUGCCCAACUCUAGAUUUACUAUAGAUGAGGGCAAGACUCUGAUGGUUCCUUUGUUAGCCAUUCAUAGAGAUGAAAAGUAUUUCAGUGAACCAAUGAAAUAUAAGCCACUUCGAUUUCUGCAAACUGAAAAUGAUUUAGGUCAAUGCAAGGAUAAAACGAAGUGCAAUGCUUUUAUAGGAUUCGGUAUAGGAGGAGCUCAAUGUGUGGGACAGAACUUUGCCAAGUUGGUAAUUAAAGUGGCCCUAAUCAAACUCCUGCAAAACUUUCACUUGGAAUUGGAUCCCAAGCUGGCUGGAACCCUCGAAGUUUCACAUCAACCAGCUCCCUUCAUACACACCAAGGAUGGACUAAAAGUCAAGUUGAAGAGACGCGAAAUAAAACCGAAAUUUUAUCACUAAACUAAGUUAGGUUAGGUAUGCUCUUUAAGUUGCUAAGUCCCUUAAUUUGUGCAUCUUUUUCAACACUUUGUCGUCUGCCCGCGACACCUGAAAUUAUGCUAUAAAUAAAAUUCAGUAU